CGGUGCGGAACGGGAGCGGGGUUGGCCGCGCCGUGCUGGGCGGUGAGGGCCGGCUAAGGGCCGGCGAUAGCGGGGUGCUGCCCGCAGCGUUUGCGUAUCCGAAACCCGGCGGUUGCCGAUGAAAGCAGAGAUGAAGGUCGGGUGCCUCUCCUUCCGCCAGCCCUACGCUGGGCUGGUUUUAAACCGGAUCAAGACCAUAGAGACUCGCUGGCGGCCGGUGCUCGCCAAGUACCGGAACCGCACCGUGGCUGUUCAUAUCGCCGUUAAGGACUGGGAGGAUGAGUCGUGGAGGGCGAUUCUUUUGGAUAGGUUGGGAAUGACGCUGCAGGAGGUGCAGGAGCUGCUGGAAAAAGGGGAGCAGUUCGGCAGAGGAGUUAUCGCAGGAUUAAUUGACAUUGGAGAGACAUCCUUGUAUCCAGAAGAUGUACCUCCUGAAAAGACUUUGGAGCUGGAAAACAAAGCUGUUCUCAGUAAUCUAGAACAGAAAUAUCUGACUGUUGUUUCAAAUCCAAGAUGGCUUCUGGAACCAAUCCCUGCAAAAGGGAGCAGAGGAGUGUGGCAGGUCGACAUCCCUGAUGAAUUGAUCCCUUCAGCAUCAUAGGAGUUGCCCCACACUGUGUUUUCUUCUGUCUAAGUGCAAACUUCUUGACAGAUCGCCUUCUUAGGGUGAAUUGAACAGUAUUCCUUCCAAAAGUAAUUGCUUGAAGAAUUGCUAUUCUGAAGAGAGAGAAUCAAGAUGCCAUUUUUUAUGAUCAUUAGUGAAAAUGAGUCACGUUUCACUAGAUGUUUUAUGUACAUACAAGUGUAAAUAAAUCAUAAUUUUGUAAUGCA